UAUGCAAAGCUAAUUUAGCUAGUACAUACCAAAGCCUUUAUUCUUAUAAUAAAAGAGGCAAAAAUACAACAAAUCUUAUUAACUAUUUGCGUAAUAAGUAUAGAAUUACAAAAGAAAAUUAUCUAGGAUUUUUAGAUAAGUAUAAUGAG